CCCCUCAGUCACUGACGCGAGCCAGCCAAUCCGGGCAGCCCGCGGUGACGCGUAGCCUAUCAGCGGACAGGGCUCGCCGGGCGCUUCCGCGUUCUCGAGCGCGCCUGGUCCGAGUCGGCAGGGGGAGGGGGCGAGGGCGACUGACUGGGAUCUCACCCGCGUCCCACCCCACCCGGCGCGACCCACCUGCGGGGGCCAGUCCGCUGCCUCCCAGGGGACCCGAUGGCCUCGGAGGGUCUGGCCGGGGCGCUGGCGGCGGUGUUGAGGGGCCAGGGGCUGAGUGUGCACAGCUGUGACUCGGAACCGGCCGAGGAGCUGCCGGCGCCGGUGAGGCUGCGGAAGAACGUCUGCUACGUGGUGCUGGCCGUGUUCCUCAACGAGCAGGAUGAGGUGCUACUGAUCCAAGAGGCCAAGAAAGAGUGCCGUGGGUCCUGGUACCUACCCGCGGGGAGAAUGGAGCCUGGGGAGACCAUCGUUCAGGCACUGCAGCGGGAGGUGAAGGAAGAGGCUGGGCUGCACUGUGAGCCUCUGACGUUGCUGUCUGUGGAGGAGCGGGGCCCCUCCUGGAUCCGCUUUGUGUUCCUCGCUCAAGCCACAGGUGGAAUUCUCAAGACUCCCAAGGAGGCAGAUGCAGAGUCCCUGCAGGCUGGCUGGUACCCUCGGACCUCCCUGCCCACUCCGCUGCGAGCCCAGGACAUUCUGCACCUGGUGGAGUUAGCUGCCCAGUACCGCCAGCAAGCCAGGCACCCUCUUAUUCUGCCCCAGGAGCUUCCCUGCAGUCUGGUCUGCCAGCGGCUUGUGGCCACCUUUACCAGCGUCCAAACAGUGUGGGUGCUGGUGGGCACAGUGGGGAUGCCUCACUUGCCCAUCACUGCCUGUGGCUUCACUCCCAUGGAGCAGAGGGGUGGCAUCAAGAUGGCCAUCCUGCGGCUGCUACAGGAGUGUCUGACCCUUCACCACUUGGCAGUAGAGACCAAGGGGUUGCUUGGACUGCAGCACCUGGGCAAAGACCAUGCAGAUGGCAUCUGCUUGAACGUGCUGGUGACUGUGGCUUUUCGGAACCCAGGUAUACAGAGGGAGCCCCCAAAGGUUCGGGGUGAGAACUUUUUUUGGUGGAAGGUGAUGGAGGAAGACCUACAAAGCCAACUCUUACAGAGGCUUCGGGAAUCCUCUGUCGUCCCAGUCAACAGAUAGGAAGGUGCCAUCUCUGUGCAAGGAGCUGGGUGACGGUGCUCCCCCCACCGUGGCUUUGCUUUCCUCUGGGGGAAGCAGGAGGUUGGCAGUCAGGGAUCUGGUGGUGUUGGGAACAGGCAGGUUGUCUGGUCCCCUGGUUGUCAGGGGAAUUUCCUUCUCCAUGGAGCUGGUCCCUACAUCGCACCGAAAGGACAGUGCCUUUAACCCAACAAGGAUUCCAGAGCUCAAGGACCUAAUUGCCCCUGGGUACGAUGAGGGCCCUCCUCCCUAAGGGGAUGGAUGUGAGAACCUUCUGAACGUGAGAUGGCUACUCGUCAUCAUGAACCUACUUGUCAUUUUCCAUGCUUGCCUCAGGAAAGGCCUACAUCUGAUUCUCAGGCGCUGAGAACAUGGACUGGGUGCUGAGGGAGGUCAUUCCAAGGGAGUGGGCCCCUUGCUGAGUAAAUACGUGGUACUUA